AUGUCCCAAGUCACGUUCCGGCUCUCGGAGGGUCCACCUGUGUACUUUGACAAGCGGAUCCUGGUCGCUCGCUCAGAGUAUUUUCGUGAGAUGCUGGCCGGGGAUGCUUGGAAGGAAGCAAAGAGUGGAGAAGUCGAUCUCAGCAAGAACCCACACAUGAAUCAUCGUAACCUUCAAGCUAUCCUCCAGUUUCUCUGCGAUGGGACUUUCAGUUCAGAUGCGGACACAGCGAAAGCUCUCGCAGUUCGCUGUAUUGCCGACGAGUAUCGCCUGACGCAACUGGUGGUUCAAGCCGAAAAACAUCUGGAGAGACUCUUGUCUUGGGACAAUGCGUUGGAAUUUCUUGGGCACGUUCAAGGCUGGACCGUGCACCCCCUGCCCGCAACUUCUGUUGGGGCUUCUCGAAACAAAUCCUAA